GCUACCGUUACUCAGUCAACCACAGGCAGCAGGGCAGGGGAAGGGAGGACUGACGACGAGGGAAAGUGGGGAGAGAGGAAGAACUCGUGCCCUGCCUGACCUACUACCAUAUAUUUUCAUGCGAAGAAACUGCACGAUCAAGAACCUCUGUUUUUGGUCCCCCAAAACGACUCUGGCCCGGGCCUCACUCAGUCCGCGGUCUUGAGUUGGGUAGCAGGGUGAUUGAAGCACGUCUAUCGGUGUCACAGCGCGUCUUUUCCACCAAGGAGGCAGUCAUGGGCGACAGCAGAGAUUCCCGCAGCCCAGACAGCUCCUCUGUGUCCUCCCCUCCCUCGGGCCUGCACUCACCCCCCCUGACCCCCACAGCUGCCGCCAUGACGUCUCUGCCGCCCUUCACCUCGGACGUCAACAGCCCCACCAGCAGCAUGGGCUCGCCCUUCUCUGUCAUCAGCUCCUCUUUGGGGUCGCCAUGCCUGCCCGGGACACCAUCGGUGGGCUACGGCCCCAUUAGCAGCCCCCAGAUCAACUCCACAGUGUCCAUGUCGGGGCUGCACGCGGUCAGCAGCUCGGACGACGUGAAGCCUCCGUUCGGGCUGGGGGGCCACAGCCCAGGGGGCCCCAUGCUCUCUCAGAAGCGCCUGUGUGCCAUCUGCGGCGACCGCUCCUCCGGUAAGCACUACGGAGUGUACAGCUGCGAAGGCUGCAAGGGUUUCUUCAAGCGCACGGUGCGUAAAGACCUGAGCUACACCUGCCGGGACAACAAGGACUGCCUGGUGGACAAGCGCCAGCGCAACCGCUGCCAGUACUGCCGCUACCAGAAGUGCCUGGCCUGUGGCAUGAAGAGGGAAGUGGUCCAAGAUGAACGACAGAGAUCCGUGCAGGAAGAGCGCCAGAGGAACAAGGAGCGGGAGAGUGAGGCGGAGUCGACCAGCGCCGUCAACGAGGAGAUGCCCGUGGAAAAGAUCCUGGAGGCCGAGAUGGCCGUAGAGCAGAAGACCGAGGUGCAUGCCGACGGGACCUCCGAGGGCAGCUCGCCCAACGACCCGGUCACCAACAUUUGCCAGGCUGCAGACAAGCAGCUGUUUACCCUGGUGGAGUGGGCCAAGAAGGUCCCCCACUUCUCUGAGCUGGCCCUGGACGACCAGGUCAUCCUGCUACGCGCCGGUUGGAACGAGCUGCUGAUUGCCUCCUUCUCUCACCGCUCCAUCAGCGUGAAAGAUGGCAUCCUACUGGCCACCGGCCUGCAUGUGCACAGGAACAGCGCCCACAGCGCUGGUGUUGGAGCCAUCUUCGACAGGGAGAGUGCGCACAAUGCAGAGGUUGGGGCCAUAUUUGACAGAGUUCUCACUGAGCUAGUCAGUAAGAUGAGAGACAUGCAGAUGGACAAGACCGAGCUCGGGUGCCUCCGAGCCAUCAUCCUCUUCAACCCGGAUGCCAAGGGCCUGUCCAGCUCCAGUGAAGUGGAAUUGCUGAGGGAGAAGGUGUACGCAUCGCUGGAGUCCUAUUGUAAACAGAGAUACCCCGACCAGCAGGGCAGGUUCGCUAAGCUCCUCCUCCGGCUGCCAGCGCUACGCUCCAUUGGCCUGAAGUGCCUGGAGCACCUGUUCUUCUUCAAGCUGAUUGGUGACACCCCUAUCGACACAUUCCUCAUGGAGAUGCUGGAGGCGCCCCACCAGCUGACCUAGGAACCAGGUUCUGCUCUGGUCCAUCAGGGAUUCCCGUUCUGGCACCCUGGUUCUGGGACUUCACCAUGUCUGCUGGUUUUGACGUCCCACUCACACAAACCCCACAACCCCUUCUUCACUCAUUAAAUCCCCCCCAAGCUGAUACAGCUCUCCAAAAGACCAUAUGCUGUCAAAAACAAACACUUUUUGCAACAUGCACACAGAAACACAUACUUUUUUCACAGUAGGUUAAGACACAUGGAAAUAUCUCAUUUUUAACCACAAGUUUUAUCAUGAGUUAGCCUUCAGUUUGUAGCCUUCAGCUUUGUGUGUAAACGCUUCUGCGAUAUCCGGUAGACCUCUUAGCUUCUUGUGGGGUUUGUAGGUUAUUCAGAUACAUUGCUGUAUGCAUAGAUAUGACGAGUGGCUUACACCCCCUUUGGUUUUACUCUUGGGUUUACCCCAAACCCAUCGUAAUCAGGUGUGUAAUAUUUCAAUCAAGUCUCCCAACUUUUCCAGCUUCUAUUGGUCGGGACACAACCAACGGAGGCAGACGCGCCCCUCUCAGUUCACCAAUCCGAAUGUGAUUUGAAUACUGUGCUUUAUUCACGCAGAAAUGCGCUGAAUUUGUUUUGAAGUACUGUACUCAUAAAAUGAGACCUUUUUUAAGGCAUUGAAAUCCAAGGGGGGGGCACUUUGUUUGGCCCUUCUUAAAGCUCACACCAGGCUUUCAAAGAAAUAAAGUGACUUAUAGGAUGUU